CCUGCAGUUUUUGUUGAAGGGUGGAGACCUAUUAAAGGUGAAGUCAAGCUCAUGGAAGAAGUCUCGCUUCUAUCAGCUGCAGAAAGACUGCAAGACUGUAUUGCAUCAGUCCAAGAAGAGGUUCAAGAGCAACUCAACCUUCUGCUUGGAGGACAUUGAAUCGGUGCGGUAUGGCCGCCAGUCUGAGGGGCUGCAGAAAUACACUGACUCCUCUAUGGAGGACUGCUGCUUCUCCAUCAUCUUCAAAAGUCGACGCAAGAACCUCGACUUGAUUGCUAGUUCCAAGGAGGAGGCCAAACAGUGGGUCAAAGGUCUGGAGAAGGUCAUGAACAGCACGAGCCACCUCAACCGCCAACAGAACAGCGAACACUGGAUCUACAGCUGUAUCCGCAAAGCAGACAAGAACGCUGACAACAAAAUGUCUUUGAAGGAGUUGAAGUAUUUCCUACAGCAAAUCAAUAUCGAGGUGGACGACAUUUAUGCUGAGAAGCUGUUUAGGGAAUGCGACACAUCAAACUCAGGCACUCUUGAGGGAGCAGAGAUUAAACACUUUUACGAUUUGCUGACUCACCGUAAGGAAAUUGACGUGAUCUAUGGAAAGUAUGCUCAUACUAAUGGACAGAUGAGCUCAGCUGACCUGCUUAACUUCCUCCAAAAUGAGCAGAGGGAGCCAGUGUCAAUGGAUUAUGCCCAAAAACUCAUCAAUAAAUAUGAGGUGGAUGACACAGCAAAACAGAAGCAGCACAUGACCAAAGAUGGCUUCUUGAUGUACCUGAACCAGGAGGAAGGUGACAUCUUUAACCCCAAGCACAAAGCCGUGUACCAAGACAUGCGACAACCGCUCAAUCAUUACUUCAUUUCUUCUUCCCAUAACACCUAUCUGAUGGAUGACCAGCUGAAAGGACCGAGCAGCACAGAGGCCUAUAUCAACGCACUGAUUAAGGGCUGCCGCUGUGUGGAGCUGGAUUGCUGGGAUGGUGCAAACGGGGAACCGGUUAUCUACCACGGCCACACCCUCACAUCCAAAGUGCUCUUCAAAGAUGUCAUCAAGGCCAUCAAAGAAUAUGCUUUCAAAACAUCACAGUAUCCAGUGAUCUUGUCUCUUGAGAACCAUUGCACCUUAGAGCAGCAGCAAGUCAUGGCUCAUCAUCUAACCUCCAUCCUGGGCAAUGCUCUGCUCACUCAACCCCUGGGAAACCACAUGCCAACCACUUUUCCAGGACCUGAGGAAUUGAAGGGCCGCAUCCUGAUCAAGGGCAAGCGCUUGAAUAAGCUUGAUGCAGCAUUCAACAACAACACCACAGAAGAUAUGGACAGUGUUUCUGAGGAAGACGAGGCUGCUGAAUUGAAAGAGAAUGAACAGAAGGCCAAGGACAAGAAGUCAAAGAUCAAGCUAGCCAAGGAGCUGUCAGAUCUGGUCAUCUACUGCAAAAGUGUCCAUUUCAGCAGCUUUGAGCACUCAAGAGAUAACCAGAAUUUCUAUGAGAUGGCUUCCUUUAAGGAGAGCAAAGCAAUGAACCUGGCAGAAAACUCUGGCACGGCAUUUAUUCAUCACAACAUGGACAAGCUGAGUAGAAUCUACCCAGCUGGAUCUAGAACCGAUUCGUCCAACUACAACCCAGUGCCAUUGUGGAACGCUGGCUGCCAAAUAGUGGCUCUAAAUUUCCAGACUCUCUGUAAGGAGAUGGACAUGAACCAGGGCCGCUUCUUACCUAAUGGCAGGUGUGGCUAUGUACUGAAGCCAGAGUUCCAGAGAGAUCCGGCUUCUCAGUUUGACCCCAAAAACCUCAGUGCAGGCCCUUGGCUGCAAAAGAAGACUGUGCACAUCAUGAUCAUCUCAGCCCAGCAGCUGCCUAAGCUCAGUAAAGACAAGCCUAAGUCCAUUGUGGACCCUCAAGUGCAGGUUGAGAUCUAUGGAGUGCCAGUUGAUAAUAACACCAAACUUACACAUCACAUCGAAAACAAUGGUUUCAAUCCCAUGUGGAAUACAAACUUCCAGUUCACUGUUCAUGUGCCAGAACUGGCUUUGGUGCGGUUUGUGGUGGAGGACUUUGAUGCUGCUUCCUAUAAUGACUUUAUUGGCCAAUACACUGUACCCCUUACCAGCAUGCAGAACGGAUACCGCCAUGUGCCUCUACUCACAAAGAGAGGUGAUGUAAUUCCUUCAGCUGGACUGUUUGUACACAUCAUGGUUCUUGAUGCUUAGUAGACUUCGACAUUCCCUAUUCCCUCAAUCAUAUCAAUGCCAAAGUGUGAAGAUCACUGAACUAAACUCUCAUUCUCAUUCUCACUCAACACAUUCUUGCUAAAUUUUCUCUAAGAUUUGGACUCGCUUUAUCAAUUACAGCCCUUCUUGUCAUAUGAGUACCAAGAUUACACUGACUCAUUCAAGCACUUAAAGGAAUAGUUUACCCAAAUAUAAAAAAUCUGUCAUCAGUCAUCCUUAUGUUAUUUCGGACACGUUUGACUUUCUUUCUUCUGUGGAACACAAAAGGAGAUGUUAGGUAGAAUGACAUUUUCGAUGGAGGAAUGAAAGUCUGAUGGUUUUGGAACAAAAUGAGGGUGAGUAAAUGAUGACAGGAAUUUUCAUUUUUGUUUCCCUUUAAUGGAAUUGAUUGGUGUAGUGCAACUGAGAAAAACAGAUGCAGGGUAAGUGAAAGAUUUUUAAAGUUAUCAUUUAACCACAUGGAAUCUGUGCCUGCAGACCUCAGACGAAAGCCUCAUAUUUUUCCACACAAUUAAAAUGCCCAUCUUUCUCAACUCUACAUAUUUCCCACCCCUUGCAUGUUUGUUUGUUCAUUUUUUCCUUACAUCCCUAAAAUACAACUUUGAAACUAUUUGAAUAAAUUGGGUUUAAAUAAAUGAUAAUCUUUGAAUAUUUUUGGCUAAUUUUACAAAGCUUUCGGGCUACCAAGAAGAGAGGAGUACUUUCAGCUCCAUAUAACAUAUUUUACUAUUUUGAACUCAACAGUCACUGAAUAAAACAUACGUGUGCAGAGUCAGUGUGGGUCUAGUUAUUGUUGAAGAUUUAAAGACAAUCCUGUCUAAAUCAGUAGCACAUUAAUUGUGCUGUUUUUGGCAAUUAACAAUAUUUGGAAGCGUCAAAGUUGUAAACAAUAAUGAAACAUACUGUAAUUAUUUUAAUGAAGGAUGGAAGUUGAACUAAAUAUUUUACAUAACACUGAUUUUUUUUCUUCUUUUUUUAAAAAUUGUAUUUAAAAAUAUUACACUGUCUUUUUACAUUAAUAUCAUUUAACAUAGUAUUUGUUUGUAUUUCAUUUCUUACCGAUUGUGUCAUUGAAAUUGUGAGCUUGCCCAAACAUUGCAAACCUUCAAGCCUUAAUUUUAGUCACAUUUCAUUUAAAUGUUGUUUUUUAAGAGAAGAUUUAAUCUUAACACAAGCAUUCCUGUGUUCAGCGUUUUGUGAAUGUGUUAGAUGUGUUGAAUGGCAAUACUUUUGUUCACUACUCUGUGGAAAUGUUUAUGUGACUGUAUGUGUUAGUUCCCAUCAAUUACUUUAAAAUGAUUUCAUAUGCUUUUUGAGAAGCUGCAAACUGUUUAUAAACCUGACUCGUGUUGGGGAAUGCUUCGCUUAUAAUACAACACUCAGGGUAAAAAAAAGAUGAACAAUAAACAAUUCACACCAUAUUAACAAAACACUAUAUCUUUUCUGAAUGUUGGGCUCAAUAUGGAUAAAUGUUUUCAAUCACCAUACAAAAAUGCCAUUCAAUAAUAAUAUUAAUAGCAGGUGGGUUAAUUUUUCAGAGGAGUAGGAGAGCUGCAUGACAAAUGUGUAUAACAUAGAUUGAAAAG